AUGACAUCUUCAUCAGAACCAUUAUUUAUAAAAUACGUAAUUCUAGAAGAAUCUAUUCUUACAAUUGAUACAUCGGAUAAACAUUGGCUCGCUUCUGAAGCAUUUUUAUCAAAUGAAAAACUUAAUGUUAAAAAAGUUGAUGACAUUAACAAAUUUGUAUAUAAUCCAUUACUUGAUUUAAAAGCUCAAAAAAAAAAAAUAAUAUCUUUUUAG